AUGUCUCAUAGGAAUCACCAGACAUCUUCGAAUACACAUGAACUACAUCCAAUCACUGAAGUACAAACCGACUCGUGGAAAACCUCGAAUCCUAUAUCGAGAAAUUCUUCAAGGUUAUCCUCUCAAAGUCCUCCCAUCCGGACUCACGACUUCGCACAUAAUACACAAGAAGGAGAGGUGUCAUCAAUUAGUCCAUUGACGAACGAACAAGAAGAUUUCGAUUCCAAUUCCGAUUUUGACGACGAUAUGGAAGGUAGAAGACCUCCAUUGCAUCGCCCAACAGAUGGGCGUUCACAUCAACCGUUACUACACAAAAACGAUGAUACUGAGAGAGGGAGGCCAGGAUAUGAUGCUUCUCCAGAUCCACCAGAACGUCCUACGUUCUCAAGACGAUCAACAAUGCGAAGUCGAAGUCCGGAUACUCAAGCAAAAUUGGCCACCAAAAAGAAAUAUACAUAUGCAGCCUUCUUUUUGGGCUUGAGUUUGAUUAGUUUCGUUAUACAAACAGAAACUGCCGUGUAUAUACAACAUCAGUUGGGGUGGAAUAAAGCAUACUGCAUGUUAUACUUUACUCACGGAUCUUGGUCAUUGUUAUGGCCAACUCAACUCUUAAUAUUACGAUUACAAAAAUGGAAAAUGCCAUGGAAAACUUUCUGGAGAAGACACGUUUAUCUUAUUCGAACCACUGCACAGAUGGUGGAGACUGGAGAAUUAGACAUCCCAAGAGGGCAACGAUCCCCGAUUCCAUAUAUGCUCAAAAUGACUGCUUUCGUUACAUGUGCACUUACGGUCGCUGGUGGAUCUUGGUACAUGGCGGUUAAUUUAACAUCACCGUCCGAUCUCACGGCUAUCUACAAUUGUUCGGCAUUCUUCGCGUAUGCCUUCAGCGUACCUCUUUUGAAAGAACCUCUUCGAUGGGAUAAAUCUUUUGCCGUUAUGGUCGCUAUCAUAGGCGUUUUGGUUGUCGCAUAUGGUGAUUCCACACCAACGAAACAUGGAGGCAAAUCCGGUGGUUCAGUUGGUGGGAAACCAGGUGAUGAAGACGAUGAGGCUUCGAAUCGAGUCCUGGGAAAUCUUGUCAUUGGUGUUGGUAGUGUUCUUUACGGAUUUUACGAAGUCUUAUAUAAGAAAUUAGCAUGUCCACCCGAAGGAACAAGUCCUGGUCGAGGCAUGAUUUUUGCUAAUACUUUCGGAUCUCUCAUCGGUUCUUUUACCCUUUUGGUCUUAUGGAUUCCACUGCCCAUUCUACAUUUUACCGGUCUUGAGAGUUUUGAACUUCCACAUGGAGAAGCUGCCUGGAUGUUGGCAAUCUCAGUCCUUGCCAAUGCAACAUUCUCCGGAAGUUUCUUGGUUCUCAUCAGUCUUACCAGUCCUGUCUUAAGUAGUGUCGCUGCUCUUUUGACCAUUUUCCUUGUCGCUAUAGUUGAUUGGGCAUUUACGGGUAUACCUUUGAAGCCGGCAGCUAUUGCAGGUGGUAUAUUGAUCAUUGUAGCUUUCCUAUUGUUAAGUUAUAGUACAUUCAGAGAGAUGCAAGAGGAGAGAAGAAAACGGGAGAUAGAUUUGAGUGAUCACGAUUCGGACAGCGAUAAGUUCGAUGAUUAG